AUGAUUGACGGAAAGUUCUCCCACAACAACACCGUCCCUCCCACGGCGGAAAAGGUGUUCGACCUCUUCUCGCUGAAGGGAAGGACUGCCAUCAUCUCGGGCGGUGGAGCCGGCAUCGGCUACGCUGUCGCUCAGAGUCUUGCCGAGGCCGGGGCCAACGUGGCCAUCUGGUACCAGAGCAACAAGUCCGCGCCAGAGAAGGCCAAGGCCAUCGAGGCAGAGUAUGGAGUAAAGUGCCGCGCUUACCAGGUCAACGUGACGGACGCCGAGGCGGUCGAGGCCGCCAUCCUGGAGCAGACCAAGGAUUUCAACGGCAGACUGGACGUGUUUGUCGCCAAUGCGGGAAUCCCCUGGACCGAGGGCCCCGUCAUCUCGGGCAGCCUUGAGCUCUACAGGAAGGUCAUGGCGAUCAACCUUGAUGGCGUCUACUUUUGCGCCCGUGCAGCGGGCCGCAUCUGGAAGCGGCAGCAGGUCGAGGGCACCGACAUGAUGGGCCGCAAACUCGAGAACUACAGCUACGGCAGCUUCAUUGCGACCGCCAGCAUGAGCGGCCACAUUGCCAACAUUCCGCUCGUCCAAACCGCGUACAACUCGUCCAAGGCUGCUGUUAUCCACAUGUGCCGAUCGCUGGGCACCGAAUGGUGCCAGUAUGCGCGAGCCAACGCGGUAUCCCCCGGCUACAUCGACACCGAGAUUUCCACCUUCGCGUCGGCCGAGACGAAAAGCACCUGGAAACACAAGAUUCCCAUGGGACGAGAGGGUGCUCCCCACGAACUCAAGGGCAUUUAUCUGUUCCUCGCUUCGGACGCGUCGAGUUAUGUGACGGGUGCUGAUCUGGUCAUCGACGGAGGCUACACUUGUGUUUGAGACAAAGCUGCAUCGGAGACUCGGGGGAAAAGGAUAAGGGACUCGCAGUACCAGAAAAGCAUGCAUUGACUGCGUGACGCAACAAAAACAGGACAGCAGUUCAAGUGACUGCGAUCAAUCACGGCAGCAGUUCAAAAUUGGGCGAGACCUCAACCGAUAAGCCUGCGGACACGCAUAGCCCUAGAAGUGUACAUCCAUUGCGGUAAAUAUGGAGACGAUUAUAAAGCCACAAGAACGCACUUAGGGAAAAAGCCUAAUUCGU